UCUAUUGAUUCGUAGCAGCCCCACCGAGAUUAUGUGAAUUUCUUGUAAAAAAUCCAGUUUUAAAAUAUACAGUGAUAAAAUUCCACCAAAAAUAUAUACUUAGGAUAAGGAAAUAGUUAGGGACAAGUUUUAUAACGAAAAUUCUUUUUGUAUUUGACGUUAAAAUUCAUCAUAUAGAAGGACUUCUUUAGUUGAUCGGUGGCUUUCCAUUGGUUUCCGCAAGACUCGAUAAACAAAAGGAAGUUUUUUGGUGUGUUAUUGGGUAAUCGAUAGUAAGUGUUGUGGUGGUUGUCGGAGUGGUGCAGUGCGGCGGCGAUGUGUCAGUGAGGGCGCAGUCCCUGGUGUCCGGCGAGGGUGUCAUGUUGGAAACGCGGUCGGUACGCGCCGCAGACUCGGUGUGGGCCAGCAAACCGCUGCCGGCACCCGCCAUGGCUAACACCAGGCAUGGGAAGAACGCUCAGGAUGAUGUUUGCUAUGUGGUAGCAAAGUAUGACUAUGCAGCGCAAGGGGCUCAGGAACUGGAUCUGCGUAAGAAUGAGAGAUAUCUAUUGCUGGACGACUCUAAACACUGGUGGCGGGUGCAGAAUGCCCGCAGCCAGUCAGGAUAUGUACCCAGUAACUAUGUUAAAAAGGAGAAACCCUCAUUAUUUGACAGUAUUAAAAAGAAAGUGAAGAAAGGGUCGGGCUCGAAGACGUUGCCGUCGAACAGCUCUCCGGUGCGCGGCGGCGGUGGCGGCGGGCCGGACUCGCCGGGCGCGCGCCGCGUCGAACCCACGGAGGCGCUGGGCACCGCCGUCGUCAAGUACAACUACCAGGCGCAGCAGCCCGACGAGCUCUCGCUCACCAAGGGCACGCGCAUACUCAUAUUGGAGAAAAGCAAUGAUGGCUGGUGGAGAGGGCAGUACCAGGCGCACACUGGAUGGUUCCCGUCGAACUACACGAGUGAGGAGGGCGAUGCUGAGGACCCCGUGCACACGUAUGCCAUGGCCGAAAACGUCCUUGAUAUUGUGGUGGCGCUGUACUCGUUCACGUCCAACAACGAGCAGGAGCUGUCGUUCGAGAAGGGCGACCGGCUGGAGAUCAUCGAGCGGCCACCCUCGGACCCCGAGUGGUACCGCGCGCGCGACUCCCGCGGCCAGCUGGGGCUGGUGCCCCGGAACUACCUGCAGGAGCUCGCCGACUACCUCACGCAGCCCUACAGCGAGCCGGGCGAGGCGGGCGGCGCGGGGGGCGGCGGGGGCUGCGCGGGGCGCGCCUGGUACUACGGCGCCAUCACGCGCGGCCACUGCGACGCGCUGCUCAACCAGCACGGCCACGACGGGGACUUCCUCAUCCGCGACUCCGAGACCAACGUGGGCGACUUCAGCGUGUCCCUGAAGGCGCCGGGGCGCAACAAGCACUUCCGCGUGCACGUGGAGGGCAACAUGUACUGCAUCGGGCAGCGCAAGUUCCCCGCCCUCGACCAGCUCGUGCAGCACUACCAGCGCGCGCCCAUCUACACCAACAAGCAGGGCGAGAAGCUGUACCUGGUGAGGCCGCUGCCGCGCGCGGGCGCCCCGUGCUGAGCCCGCGGCGGACACCCGCGUGGUGCUAGCGGCGGCGCCAGGGCCGGCUGCUGAGUACUCCUUCGAUGACCCUCCACGGCCACUCUCCUUGACGUGAUGUGAAUGUGUGCAUUUAUAAAGGUCGGACUUCGGAAUACCCGUGAAGGUUGUCGAGGGAAAAGUAUUUAUAUUUCGGCCUAUGACCCGUGACGUUUAGUUACUGAGUUCUACUUACUCCGAUGUACCGCUUGAUCUAAUUGAAUUUCCCAAAUGUUUAAACAAAUCUACAUCAUUAACUUGACCGUAGACUGAAAAUAUUAGUUCACAAAUUGUCCCUCUUGUAUUCUAAGGCCAUAUCCCUUGUCAUUUUUUAAUUGUUCGCAAAAUUCUAUUAGACUUUAGUAUAACACCAAACAUGUUGCCGUUCCUUGUAUGUUUCAAAUUCCUUGCCAAAUCACUCAUUUUCAAAUCACAUUGUCAAUUUAAAAUUAUCAUCCAAUCCAGUUCAAUGUAAAUUCAUAAUUAUUCUUCAUACAGGGUGUUAGUGACAUCGUAACAAAUACUGAGGGGGUUGAUUCAGACCAUGAUUCUGAGUUUAUAUUUUAUAUCAAGUAGAAUUUCCUGUCGGAUUUUUUUUACAGAUUUUGUAUUCCAUACUUUUGCGACGGAAAAUUCCACUUGAUGUCAACUCAGAAUCAUGGUCUCAAUUAUCCCUCAGUUUUCGUUACGAUGUCACUAACACCCUGUAUUGAAGGAUUGCACGAGUCUCGAAGGACUCCUGUGGUCUAGUCGGAGACAUAGACGAAGUAUAGCGGUGUCGGUAGAAUUUUAUAGGCCAUAGGAGGAGAGAGGGACGGGUCCCUUUAUCAUUAUGGAUGUAUUUUGGUAGGUGUGUAGGCCUGAAUAGGCUCGGAGUUCACAGUUACAGCACUAGUUAUACCGGGGUUACGCCUGAGGCUGCAAAUUGCUCUGGCGGCUUGAGAGAUAACGAGCUAAACCUGUUUAAAAUACAUCCCUAAAACUAAUCUAUUGAACAAGGGAAUCUGUUUAGGUAAAAUGACCCAUAAUAAUAUACUCUUUUAUGUGUAGUAUAAUAACGCGGCGUUGAAACAACGCAAAAAUAAUAAAUGUAACGAUAAUAAACCAAAAAUCGGCUUUUUACCGCAUCUCUAUUAGUAAUAUAAGAGCGUUUUCUAUAUCAUAUUAUUUAGGUAAGUCCCGUUAGUAAUGUAGGAUAAUUUCUAAAUGAGUUUAUAGUUACAGCGUUUUGUAUAAAGGUGUGUAUCGAGGAAUGUCACAAAUUAAUUUCUCGAUAGGUAAUCCAACUUUUAAGGUUUUUUAUGGUCGUCUUCGGAUAUAUACAUGCUUGCGGGAAACCUGACCAGUAUAAGUAAUGGAGGUGGCCAGGUAUAUGUAUUUUAAAUUUCUUGAGAAUAUCGUUUACAAGAUUGUUAUAUACGGGCAAUUUAUUUUAUUCCAUUGUUGGAACAGGCAAAGCAUUGCCUUGAUUUAAUUCUUAUAAUAAUUUCUUAGACAUUCUUAUUUUAAUAUAUUUUAUUAAUAUAUUAUUCUUAUAAUAAUAGUCGUCCUACUGGGCACAGGCUUCCCCUCAAUCAUUAUUUUUGUUUAUUUAACUUUUUAGGUACUUAUUACUUUACUAAUGAUAUUUUUGGUGGGUUUUCCUGCAAGCAAUGUGAGGAUGUGAUGAUUAUUAUGUAGGUGUUUAUACACGACGUUGUGAUGUUUGGCUACGUAAGUUAUAUGUGGUCAUGAUCAGGGGAACUGAGGGGCGGAUGGCGAGGAGGGAUUUUGUAUUGAAUACGCUCAAAGUAUAGUUCUGCAUGUGUGAUAAAAUACCUUAUUUUUCUUUCAUAUAUUCCCAUAGUAAAUGUUCUGUCAGGCCUAUGCGCAAUUAAAUAAAUAACAGAUGAAUAUGUUUAAAAAUAUCAUGUAUUUGAUCAAUAGGAAUAUGAACACGCGUGCAGGCCUAUAUUUUUGAGUAUUAUAUGUAGCUCAAAAUUAAAGACAACGCGAGGUUUACUCGCUAUAUCACGACGUGAUAUUGAUGUGUGUCGCACUGUUUUAUGAUGUUUGUACGUAGUAUAGUGAAGUUUUAUUUUACAGAACUGUAAUUUGAACGAUACUUGAGAACCCGGGAGGUUCGGGACACACGCGUCGAAUUGAGAACCUCCACCUUUUUGAUGUCAACAAAAAAGAUAAAUUUACGAUACUACGUAAAAAUAUACAAAUGAGUGUCGUGCACAUUUUAGGUAAUUGUAGCUACCAAGUAAAUAAAGUCUGACUAGUUUGAGACCGAAUAGUCUGAUAACUGUAUCUACAAAAUUUUAGUCAUUUCGACAACGAAUUUUGAAAUAUCCCAUUGUGUGUAUGUUGUGAUCGGCGGGAGUCUACAGCGAUAUUUAAAAAAAAACACGUCUCUGAUAUAGAUAAAUAUUAUAUCGUCAGGUGAAGGAUGUGCUGUAGACUUGCGUCGCGGGUUGGAAUCUCAGUCUGUGGUUUCCGCUGAUGUGACUGUCGCUAGUCAAUACGCCGACAUCACUCGCUUUCGCUUGUACUAUUCAUACGCGAAAUAACAUUAUUUUUACUAUUGGAAAGUUAACACAGAAACUGUUUACUUCAAACUUUAUCAGCCGAAAACUCACCGUAUAAAUAUAAUAAAAUGUGUGUUUGGGAUACAGGAUAAUACGCUACUCACUUGGUCGGUUUUAUAUGUUUAUUACAGCCCUUAUUAGCAGUGUCCAGCCAUUGGAGAUUUGGGCGCUUUUUUGUCUAAAGUUGCGCUGAUUGACUAAUACGGAUAGCACUUUUGUAUUAAAUAAAAUUGCAUUGACAAAGGAUCUGUUUUAAGGAUAUCCACAAUUUUUUAACCCAUCAUAACGUUUUAUUCAAUCCCAGGACUUUUUAGGGUUCUGUAGACAAAUGGCAAAAACGGAACCCUUAUGGAUUCGUCAUGUCUGUCUGUCCGUCCGUAUCUCACAGCCACUUUUUUCAUUAUAAAAAUGAAUCGUUUUAAGAAGCCGCUUCAUAUCCUUUAUGAAGAUUAAACAAAUAAGCGCCCGUAUAUGCGAUCGCUGGUUAUAACAUGUCAAAAAUAUAUGAUAGUGACUACUCUGUGUUAACUUGCCAAUCUCUUGCAAUAUAUCAAUGUAUCCGAUUAGACAAAUAAAUAAUAGUUGUGAAAUUAUAAACAGGGCAGCUAUCCUUGUUGUUCUAUUGUAUUUAUAUGUUAGUUUAUUUUAGAUGUUACUACCAAUAUAACAAAUGAAAUGCGAAUCACAUCGACUCUCGUGCAAGUGUUAGGUAUAAUUUCGAUUGUUUCUCCCUCCCUUACCGGUUGUGUGUGUGUGUUUGUAUGUGUGUGCAGCAACUUGUAUGUUAGACGGAAAUCUUCCAGUUAGCUGCCAAUCUUUAUACUAGAAUUUGCACGUAAUAAAUUAAUUUGAUAUAAAUAAGGGUGGGUCAUACAACUACAUACAAUUCACUAGAUUAUUACUUCUAGUCUCUUAACCUUGAAUCACAGUUAGUUUUUCCCAUCUUUGUAACGUUUUAUACAUCCCAAAGCCUAUAUGUAUUAUAAUGUUCCUGCACAUUUAUUUCGUCCACAUUCGUAAAAUAAAGACACUCCAUAAGGAAAGUAUUAAAAUAUAUAGCUAAUCGUUUAUUUUUCUAAGAACUUUUUGUUUUAUACGCAUUUGAGUCAUUUUACGCACCAAGUGUAGAAUUUUGUAUGCGCAAUAGAGUUUAAGAUAGCAGACCAUAUGUUUACGUGACGGAAUUAGCGCGCUUCAACUGUCAGUUAGAUGAUUCGUGAUGAUGUAACUGACAGUGUGAGCGGUCAGGAGGGCGCCGGGCGGAGCGUCGCGUAGAUAUUACCAGGAGCUGUUUGUUUGUAUCGCGACACAUGGACAGCUCCACACUGCAUGACUUGGUACGGGUGUUUUCCCAGCAUUUCCUUCAACAAAUGAAAUGGUAUUGCAUUUAAUUUAAUAUACUAAAGUAGAGAUUGGAUUUUGAUGUAUUUAUUUAUGGAAAACAUCCUCGAAAACCAGUCAACAGUCAAAUCAGUAAGUCUGCGAACGGCACACUAAUGUUAAUUACAUGUGAUACGUUGAGAUAUGACUUAGGUUUUGCCGCAAUAGUAAUUCCUUACACCAAUUUUGUACCAGUAGAGUGGGAUGUGUGUAGGUGAACAAUUGUAUAAGCUUCGUUUUGUUCUAGAACAUUCAGCAUUAGUAGAGAUGACAGUGGGAGUGGGAAGUGAAGGAGGGAAAGUUCUAGAAACGGAAUGGAAGCAAAAUGAACAUUGUUCUAUGAGGACGCAGAUUAAAGCUAAGUGGUAUCUCAAGCUGGGAUGUAAGUUACUAGAUCUUUUUGAUGUAUUUAAUACGUUUUAUACUCAGUAAAUGUAAUUAGGAUUUAAUGCGAGGCAAACUCAACGGUAUUGUAGAAUUUUAUUAGGAAAAAAUAAUUUAAAUUAGAACACAAUAUUGUUUAUAAUUGUUAUGUUCUGUCAUGGCAAAAUGUAUCAGUCAUCGUAGCUCACUUAUGAAAUUAAAUUAUGGAGACUAAUGUUUCCUGUCUUCCGGUUUGUAUGAGGUCAGUUUGCCUGUGAGUAUUUGGAUAUUUAAUACGAAUGGAGGCUCCAUCCACGCUAGUUAUCGUAUUGCGUAUUAUGUUCAAUAAAAACGUAAGCAAGCACAAAAUGGCAAGAUAUUCGGAAUGUAAAACAAUAUUAACAAGAUUUAAAUGUCUAUUGGCGCUGGUUACAGCAGACACCUAAUAAGUUAUAUCUGUCAUCUUCUUACACGCCGAAAAGGAAAGGGACGGGUAAUCGAUAGGCUAAAAAUUAAUAAUGAGUAACGGCAAUUAGUUUCUAUUAAUAUAUUAUUAAUGCUGUAAAUUACCCGAAGAAAAUAAAAUGAUUUUCGGCAGAAACCAGCGUAUAACCCGACAGAAUUAAGUUGACUGCACACGUCAAGCCGGUUGCAUACCUGUGAGAUGGUUAUUUGAUUCGUAUGGGUUAUAAUGGGUUGUUGUUUCAUUCACUCAUUCGUUUUAAAAUUAACGACUGUAAAUCAUCCGUCCCUUUCCUUUUCGUCAGGUAGGAAAAUGACAAGCGUACCUUAAAAUUGGUGGUGUAUGCUGGAAUUAGCAGCAUUGUGUUGGAGUGUAUAAUUGUGUUUGCCUAUAUCGGCAUUUGACUAAUUUCUAAUCGUUAAAAAUUAACGAAAAGCUUUAUAACGAAACAUUGCCAAAAUUAUAAUGGAAAUAACGCAGAGGUACAUACAUUCCUAUGCUUUUUAUACCAUGGCCAUAGAAAUGUGCGGUACCAAAGUACCCUAUCCACAGUUGGAAACAUGUAUCAGUUAAUACUUAGUUUUAGGUCAUAGAGUGAUUCGGUUUUUUAUUUUUAUAUUGCUCAAAGUAUAUUUUUUUUUAAUUAUUGUAACCAUGUGUUUGUACGUUUUCGUGUAUAUUAUCUGAUGUAACGAGCAUGAUAUGAUACCAUUGUAAGUGCAGUGUAUAAUAUUUAACAUUAUAAUUUAUUUAUUAAUUUGCAAA